AUGCAGUACAGCAUGAGCCAGCAUGGCAUUGUCCUGGUCGCAGUCUGGCAGAUCUGGGCGGGGGCCAAAGGCGAGACAGAGUGCAAUGAGGAAAGGGCCACGAACAUGCUUCAGCUGGAGUUCACCCGCACGAAAACUCGGGAUGAGGUUUGUGGACAUCUUUUGGUCGAAGAGUGCGACCCAGAAGCCUUCUACACAUGUAGCAACAACUGCCGAUUUCACACACAUGGAAGAGACUGCUUCCGUCCCCUCCCAGACAUUCUGGCAGAGCAUGCUGACCUUACUGGUGCGGAGUUCGAUGGCUACUGCUACUUCAACUGGACAGCCAACUGGUUGACGUACAACGGAGCCAUCCUUGACUUUGAACAAGCAGCAAUUGAUGGCAUACUCAACUUGAGGGAUUCAUCAUACAGUGGCUUGAGUUCAGGACCCUUGGUCACUUAUCGGUUCGAGGGCGUGGAGAAUCUCACGACACAUCUGGAUUUGGACCACUACUUAUACGAUGACCUCUACGCAUAUUCCUUGGGUUUUCUUCAGGGCCAAGGAUUAGAGCCGGCAUGGAUGAAAAACACAUCCUUGUGGAUCGCUCUCUCCAAGCAAAGAUGCGAGGAGAUUCAGGCCAAGUACAACUUCACCAAGGAUGAACUGAUCCUGAGCGAGUGGCUCGACCGGAACAUUGUGCUUGCUGUAAUGACGGGUUGCAGCACCGAGUGGCCACAUCCGUGGAACGGGAGUGCCAAUCCUGCAAUUAAUGAAAUGGCCGGCUGGCGCAGCAGCACAGACUGCAAGCCAGUGACACACCGUGAGUAUGCCAAGCACUAUUAUGUCAAGUGCCUUCUCGGUCAUCGCAACAGUGCUGCUGAUAUGGCUUACUCGAAUUCACGUGCUUGCCUGCUGGACGGGACCCACAUUGGGCAUUUCUCAGAGUGCCCCUAUGCGCCGGACGUUGACUUCUGA